AUGGACAAUUACAACGCUGCAGACCUGUCUUCGGUCCUCCGUACUCUCUCCGACUUGACAGCACAGGCUCAAUCCCCGCCGGGACAUUCUGCUGCCCGAGAACAGCACCAUCAUGACCAGGGCAAGCCACCAUCUCACACCCGCACACCACCCACCGACCUAGCCACAAUAACUACCUGGCCCGCAGCCCUCCGCUAUGUGAUGCGCACCGUAGGCCAAAAUGAAGAGACCCAGCUGCGCAUCCGCGGACUAAUCCAAAGCCAACAUACCCACGAGCGGCAAUGGUGGAAAGGGCGCCAAGCACUCCUCGCAAAACAAGCCGCGCGGGGGGAGAAGAAGAAGGAGCUAGACGCUGUCCUUCGAUCCAUCGGCGCACCCGUGGACCCGAAAGAAGUAUCUACAGUGGCCGAAGACCGUGCGGCGCUCACGAACUAUGACGAGAAGGUGUACAAGGCCUCUGUGCAGAUGGCAGAAACCAUGGCCGCUGAGUUGCGGGGGAUGGGGAUUCCGUUCUUUGGGAAGGGUCUAGUUGUGAGGGAUGAAGCGGUGAAUGAUGACAAGGCGAAGCUGACAGCUUCUGAGCUGCAUGAUUUGCAGCGUCGCAUGCUGGAGCUGCUGCAGGAUCUGUGCAAGGAGUAA